GAGCCCACAUGACACAUGUUAUGUAGAUUUCGGCUACUCCAUCAUUCUUUAUAUUCAGGGCCAAUUUGGAGAGAAGAUGGAAGAAGAUCAAUAGUUUAGGUAGUUUGGGAGAGAGAGAGAAAAAUGGCAGAAGAAUUUGAAGUGGUUGGGAGGAAAUUUGUGGAUUAUUAUUACCAUCUCUUCGAUAACGACAGAGCUAAGCUUUCUUCUCUUUACCAGCCAAACUCCAUGUUGACAUUUGAGGGCGAGAAAAUACUAGGCGACAUUAAUAUAUCUUGUAAGCUUAAUCAGUUGCCGUUUGAUCAAUGCAAACAUGUGAUCAGCACCGUUGAUUCACAGCCCUCGUCCACCGGUGCGAUUGUGGUGCUUGUCAGUGGCAGCAUCCAGUUGCCAUGCGAAGAACACCCUUUGAGAUUCAGCCAGAUGUUUCAUUUGGUCCCCGUCGCGCAAGGAAACUUUGUUGUGCAGAAUGACAUAUUCCGCCUCAAUUAUAGCUAAAAAUUUGUGCUCCAUCUAUGCGAUGUAUUUCUUCA